AUGCCCUCGUUCAAGAGGCCGCAGCACAGCCUCUCCGUCUUCCGCCGCCUCGUCGACACCACCACCCUCUUCAGCCCGACCGACGGCGGCUUCCACCGCGAUGUCAACGGCCGCGGGCCCACCCUCACCGGCCUCAACCACAAGCUGCCCCCGCUGAUGCCCGCCGUGCGGAGCAAGCUCGAGCGCAUGUUCAGCGAGCUGUGCGGCCUGAGCUUCCGCUCCACCCCGCUGCUGUCCCGCGACAAGUUCGAGGCCUUCCUGAACACCACGCAGGGCGGGCUGGUCGCGCCGCUGGAGCUGGAAAAGUACAACUUUGAGCAGUUCCUGCAGGUCUGGUAUAUCAACUACCGCAGCGCUGUACGCCGGAUCGAGUGUGGGGAGAAGGACCUGUCGAAGCCAAUCUCGAACUACUUCAUAAGCAGUAGCCAUAACACCUACGCCAUGGGAAAUCAGCUGUACGGCGAGAACUCGGCGGAUGCGUACAGAAAGGCAAGUUCAAGGAACAUCAUGAGAGAUCUGGACAUCUGGGCUAAUCAUGUUCUAUAG